AUGCGAUACUCAAUUACCUUUGUUAUUGCUGCCACCACGGCGGUAGGGGCUACGCUCACCCAAGCCCCGUCUCCAUGGGACGAUGCGUAUCAAAAGGCCAACGCCGAUCUGAAAAUUCUCACCAUAGAGGAGAAAGUUGGCAUUGUAACCGGUGUAAAAUGGGAGGGAGGACCAUGUGUGGGCAAUACUUAUGCUCCAAAUUCCAUUCCGUACCCUUCACUCUGCCUCCAGGACGGCCCGUUGAGCCUUCGAUUCACCAAUCCCGUGACCGUUUUCCCAGCAGGAAUAAAUGCAGGAGCUACAUGGGAUCGCGAUCUUAUCCGGGCCCGCGGAGCUGCGACGGGUGAGGAGGCAAAAGCGCUUGGUGUGCACGUCCAGCUCGGCCCUGUUGCUGGUCCUCUGGGAAAGAUUCCUACCGGCGGGCGAAACUGGGAGGGCUUCUCAUCGGAUCCGUACCUUAGUGGCAUCGCAAUGGCAGAGACGAUCUUGGGAAUGCAAAGUUCUGGAGUUCAAGCAUGUGCGAAGCACUUUAUCCUCAACGAGCAAGAACAUAACAGAGAAACUAUAAGUUCGAACGUGGAUGAUCGUACUAUGCAUGAACUAUAUCUUUGGCCGUUUUAUGAUGCAGUGAAAGCAAAUGCGGCCUCUUUUAUGUGCUCAUACAAUAAAAUCAAUGGGACUUGGGCCUGUGAGAAUGGGGAAAUCCUGAAUAACCUACUUAAAACGCAGUUGGGAUUCCGAGGAUAUGUGAUGAGUGAUUGGGUCGCGCAACACAGCACCGUGGAAAGUGCGAAUUCGGGAUUGGACAUGGCUAUGCCCGGCAGUGACUUUAGCAAUACUCCCGGCAGCAUUUACUGGGGAGAGAACCUAGCAGCCGCAGUUCACAAUGGGUUGGUUUCCCAGGAGCGUUUGGAUGAUAUGGUCACCCGCAUUCUUGCUUCUUGGUACCUGGUAGGACAAGAUCAAUACUAUCCCUCUGUAGCCUUCAGCUCGUGGAAUGAUGCUGCUGCUUCGGUCAAUGUGACAGGCGACCAUGGGCAUCUUGCCAAAACCAUCGCUAGAGAUUCCGUGGUGCUCCUGAAAAAUGUGAACAACACUUUGCCUCUGAGGAAUCCUGGGAGUCUGGCUAUCAUAGGCUCGGAUUCGAUUGUGAACCCGAAUGGACCAAAUGCUUGUUUUGACCGAGGUUGUAACAUCGGAACGCUUGCUCAAGGAUGGGGCAGCGGGACUGCUGAGUAUCCGUAUUUGGUCGCACCUCUAGAUGCCAUUCAAGCAAGACUAUCGAAUAGCGAAACAAAAAUGGUGACCAGUAUCACAGAUGAUGCUUCUUCUGGGGCGGAAGCAGCCAGCAGUGCCCAGACCGCGAUUGUGUUUAUCACAGCAGACUCGGGAGAAGGCUAUCUGACUGUGGAAGGGAAUGUGGGAGAUCGCAAUAACCUCGACCCCUGGCAUGACGGCAAUGCGCUUGUCCAGGCCGUUGCUCGGGCCAACACCAAUACCAUUGUCGUCAUCCAUAGUGUCGGACCGAUCAUCUUGGAGACUAUAUUAGCGGAACCAAACGUUGUCGCAGUGGUGUGGGCUGGUCUCCCUGGGCAGGAAAGUGGAAAUGCGCUGGCAGAGGUACUGUUCGGCGACAGCUCUCCAAGCGGCAAGCUUCCAUAUACCAUCGCUAAGUCGGAAGAUGACUAUGGGCUUACCUGGCUUUCUGGAGCGAUUGAUGACUUCGCGGAAGGGUUAUUCAUUGACUAUCGCCGUUUUGACUAUCACAAUAUUACCCCGAGAUAUGAGUUUGGGUUUGGAUUGUCAUAUACCACAUUCAAUUACUCCAUUUUGCAGGUGAGAAUUGAUGUUAAAUGUGGUCCAACUACUGGCAAAGUUGUAGUGGGUGGCGCUUCAGAUCUGUUCGACAUUAUCGGAACCAUAAGCGCCUCCAUCCAGAAUACUGGACGUGUCUCUGGCGCUGAAGUUUCCCAACUUUACAUCGGGCUUCCAAACUCGGCUCCAGUGACCCCUCCUAAGCAGCUGCGAGGUUUUCAGAAAAUAGAUCUUGCGCCGGGAGAGAGCGGGGUGGUUGCAUUUGACCUGACGCGUCGAGAUAUUAGCUACUGGGAUGUCGGCCAGCAGAGUUGGAUUGUAUCCAGGGGUACCUUUAAGGUCUAUGUCGGAAGUUCCAGCCGCGAUAUUCGGUUGACUGGUAGCUUUGAUGUUUGA